CGAAUGAUGUAGAUUGGUCCCACGGAACGCUAUGAUUCUGUGCUCCUCGACGAGCUACUCAUCACCAUCCUCAUCUCCUCCCGCCAUUCUUGCACGGACGGCAUGGCCCGAGGCAAGCAAUCCUACUUUGCCCACAGUCCAGGAUUUGAGAAUGUUGAAGGCGCAUAUGGCUUCAAAUGGUGAAGGCGAACCUGGUUAGCCGGCGCGAACGUACGAGGAAGCUCUCAAUUGCUUGUCCUCUUUGAUUACUCGACGCACCAGAGCCGAUGGGGCAAACAAGGGCGACCACUUCGAUCUGAUGUUCGAAUACUUGAAGAUUUUGGAGCUGGAAGAUUCUAUGUCACGUUUGAAGGUUAUCCACGUCGCUGGAACUAAAGGGAAGGGUUCGACAUGUGCAUUCACGGAGUCCAUUUUGCGGAACUGUGGAUUUCACACUGGCCUCUUCACCUCUCCUCACUUGAUUGAUGUUCGGGAGCGCUUCCGAUUAGAUGGAACGGAUAUUUCCGAGGAGAAAUUUACAGCAUACUUCUGGUCUUGGGAUAUAUUACAGGAGAAAAUAAAUGAUGAUGUGCCGAUACCAACUUAUUUCCGCUUCCUUGCACUGCUUGCAUUCAAGAUUUUUGUGGCAGAAAAGGUGGAUGUUGCCAUUGUGGAGGUUGGUUUAGGUGGGAAAUUUGAUGCAACUAAUGUGAUUCGAACACCUAUUGUGUGUGGGAUUUGUUCUCUUGGAUAUGAUCAUAUGGAAAUACUUGGCAAUACUCUGGGAGAAAUUGCAGGGGAGAAGGCUGGCAUCUUUAAGCAAGGAGUUCCAGCUUACACUGUGUCCCAGCCUGAAGAAGCAAUGUCUACUCUAAAGGCUAAAGCAUCUCAAUUAGGGAUUUCUCUUCAAGUUGCAUCACCAUUGGACAGAGGUUUAUUGGAUGGCCAACAACUUGGACUUGAUGGUGAGCAUCAGUAUAUAAAUGCAGGCCUCGCCAUUUCCAUGUCACGCAGCUGGCUGGAGAGAACUGUACAUUCAGAAGGCAUAUUUACUCAAAACACUAAGAGUCUACCAGAACAGUUUAUAAGGGGACUUACGCUGUCCCGUUUACAAGGACGAGCACAAAUAGUUCCUGAUCCAUUUAGUACCCAAAGCCCAACACUCGGUCCUGGUGGCUUGGUUUUUUAUUUAGAUGGAGCACACAGUCCAGAGAGUAUGGUAGUGUGUGCAAGAUGGUUUUCUAAUGCUACCAAAGAAACUGCUCGGUAUAUAUACCACCAUGAGCAGCCUGAGAAUAGUAGCAGUGCUAGACUGGUGCCGAUACUUAUAUUCAACUGCAUGUCAGUCAGAGAUCCUCAACUGUUGCUUGCACCACUCAUGUCUACUUGUUCAUACAAUGGACUGAUAGAUGACAAAGUAGCAGGUGUAAAUGAAGCCUGUAAACAGGGAGAACAAAGAAUUACUAGGAAUUUUGAGAAUAGUGCAAUUUUUCCAUCCCUUGCAUCAGCUAUUCAGUGGCUCAGAGAAUAUGCACAACAAAAACGGCCAAUCCGUCUGCAGGUUCUUGUGACUGGCUCCCUGCACCUCGUAGGAGAUGCUUUAAGAUUGAUCAAGAAAUGAACUUUUAUAUGAAAUCGAUGCCUUGUAAGAACUUUUUGCUACAUACAUAUUAUCUUUAUUCUCCAACAAGCAAUCAUUUAUUGAACUGUUGAUUUAAAUGCUCUGGAACAUUCGAGAAUCCUUCUUAUGGUUUUGGUUGCUGCUUCACAUCAACAUCUAGAAGGCCUUAUUUUAGUGGGAUCAGAACUCUGUGAAGUCAAUUUCUUUUGGUUACUUUAAAGCAGACGAUUCUUCUCGAAUGAAUUCAUUGCUUCUCAUCAUUUUCAACAUCGUGUUGUUUCCUGCAAGUUUCCAAGUCAAAUAGACCACCCUUGAUUAA